AUGAGAUCGCCCGCUCUGCUGUCGGUGCUGCUGCUGGUGUGCUCCGGCGAUGGGGCCCUGCAGGGGGGCGCCGGCGAGGGCCCUCCGCAGCGUGCCGCCUCGGCCACCGGCCCGCUGCCGGUGGACCUGGAGUUCUUCGAGGACGACGACUGCCUGGAGGUCCCCGGUGCGGAGGAGCUGCUGGCGCUGCUGCACGACAUGUGCCUGCUGCUGGAGAGGGUGCUGUUCGCUGCGGACCGGAGCAGCGGGUGGGCUGCCUUCGAUGAGUGGCGGCAGGCGAGCGCGCCCGAGUUGGCGCCGUACUGCGAGCCGGGCAAGCUCGCGUCGACGGCGGCGCAGUGCCUCCUGGUGCUCCGGCAGGAGCCAGACGGCGCCAAUAGUGCGCUGGAGUGCGCCGCCUCGUUGGACGAGGACCUGUGGGCACAGAUGACGCCGCUGGGCAAGGACUACUCGACGCGCCUGCACCUCGUCCUGCGAAGCCCGUGGCCCGCGUUCCGGCUGCUCGACCUCCUGGUGCGGCUGCAUCCGGAGAGCGGGUCGACGCGUAUGGGAGCUUGCAGGAGGCACCAGAAUUGGCAGAGCGAGCCGGACAUCUUCGACUGGCCGUGGUUCAAGUCCGUCUUCACGUCGGCAGUGGACUUCGCGUCCAUGGAGCCAGGCGUCCUGGACCUCAGGCCUGAGGACGGGCCGUUGUCGGCCCAGUACGAAGCGCGCUGGCUGCGCCUGUACGGAGACUCGUUCGGCGUCCGCGAGGCCAUGUCCUUUUCUGACGACGUGUUCGAGGUGUACAGCAGGGUGCACCAAUACAAGGCAGGCUGCCACCUGGGCGUCAUCUCCAGCUACCUGCUGCAAACCAUGCUGGUGCACCUCAGGGACAUCGACGGGUGUCUGCAGCGGUUCGCGGCCAGCACCGCCAAGCUCAUAAACUUGCACGCCCAGGUCUGGCUCGGGCCCGCGGGCGCGCCGCGGGCGCCCGAGGGCGCGGCGGCGCGGCUCUGCGGCCUCGUGGCGGCCGCGGCGGGGCGGCUGCGGGGCGGCGGCGCGGGCGACGCGCCGGGUGCGGCCGGCGAGGACGGUUGCCGCGGGGCGCGGCCCGUUUUCCUCACGGCCGCGUGGGGCGCGCUGGCGCCGCUGGCGGGCCGCGCGGCGGCGCGCUGGUCCUCGCUGCUCGGCGGCGCGAGGCCGCUGCUGCUGCUGGCCCUCGACGCCCAGGCCCUGGCGGGCUGCGAGGCCGCGGCAGGCCGCGGCGUGCACUGCCUGGACGCCCCGCGGCGCUUCGGCGUGGAGGGCGCGGUGGCGAAGUACCUGGCCCUGGCCGUGCUGGCUGGGCUCGGCCUCACGGCGGUGUGGCUGGACCUGGACGUGUACGUGGCGAGGGACCCGGCCCCGCACGUCUGCGCCGCUUUGGGCGCGGGGGCCUCGCCGGACCUGGUCUUCGCUAGGCACCUGACCUCCGAGUCUGUCAGCCCCGCCGUGGUCGCGGCGCGGGGCACCGAGAAGGCCGCGGGCCUCCUGCUGCAGUACGCCAGCUGGCUGCGGGAGAACGUGUACCUGCUGGACCACCGGGGCUGGGACCAGUUCUUGGACAACCGCGCCGGCGACUUUGCCGGGGGCGUGGACUACAAGGGCCGCAACGUCACGACGCACAACGACUCGGGGCCGGCGUACUCCUUUCUCCCACGUGGCAUCGAGCUGCCGGUGCAGGCGCGCUUCGCCAAACUGGGGGCGGAGUUUGGGAGCGGCGACGGCUGGCUGGGCGACGAGGCCGCCAGUGGGCUGGCGCUCUUCCACUUUUGGGGCGCCCGCGAGGCCCAGACGAGCCUCGCUGAUGUCUUCUUUCCGCACGACGCCCCAGGCUUUCCGGAGCGCGCGCUCGCACUGCUGGCACAGUACCGGCGCACGCCCACGUCGAAGCCUACACUCCCAGCCCUCCUUCACUCGGGGAUCGCCCGCCGCCACCCGCUGCACCUCGUCGCUGUCAGCUACGCGCACGGCUGCUGCAAGAGGUCGCUGCGGCGGAACCGCCAGAAGGCACUGGCCGCCGGCGUGGACGAGGCGCGCGCGUACAACCUGGGCGACCUGGACCGCGGGUGGGCGGCGCGGCACAGUGCCCUCCUCUCGCAGAAGCGCGGGGCGGGCUGGUGGCUCUGGAAGCCGCACCUGAUACUGCGCACCCUCCGCGACCCCGCCGUGCCGUGGCACCGGGGCGUCGUGCUGUGGGUCGACGCCGGGAACUACCUGCACGCGGACCCCCGGCCUCUCGUGGCCGAUGCGCUCCGGGGCUCGGACGUGGUGGCCCUGAGGCUGAAGGGGUGCCUGGAGCGGGACUGGACCUACGCCUCCACGCUGCAGUGGCUCAACGCCUCCGAGCGGUACGCCGUCGUGGACAGGCCGCAGCUGGGGGCCUACUUCCUGGUCUUCCGGAAGACCAGGGGUGCGAUCAGGUCGGGGCCCCAGGGACCAGGGCGUUGCAGACCAGGGCGUUGCACACGCCAGGACUCCGCGAGUGGGCCGCGGGGAGGGGGCUUGGGAUGGUCCGGCCCACGGCCGCAGCGGCUUCAUUUCUGCUGCUGCUGGGUGCCGCAGCCCUCACCUGCCAGAGCGCUCUCGUCUGCGGGGCCCCGGUUCAGGUUCGCGGAGCAGUGGCUGGAGCGCGCCCAGGAGCCCGAGGCGCUCCUCGGAGCCCAGGGGGCCGCCAACUGGACGGAGCCGCCGCUGCGGGCGCAGGUCCCCAGCUUCCAGAAGCACCAGGCGGACCAGAGCGUCUUCUCCGUCCUGUUCAAGGAGCACGGGUUCCGGGCGAUCUCCUUGGAGGAGGGUCAUCGGGUGGUGACGCUGGCGCGCUGGCGCGAGUGACGCGACCGUCCACAGACUGGGACACACUCCUCCUUCUACGCCUCUGCCUCAA